AUGGCACUCUUGGCAGACCCCGCCAAUCGAGACCAGAAUGGCGGCGUCAGCCUCCAUCCGACAGUGGUGACAUUGCUGCUCAAACUCAUGGAAAGCGAAGACGAGCAGAAGCGCCAGCUCCAGCUGAUUGUAGAGGAACUCCGCGACCUCCGUGCCCGUAUCACCCACAUCGAGGCAGAUCAGCUUGUCAAGGGUGGCACCGGAAGUGAUUAUAUAAGCACCUGGCUCAGUUUUGGGGAUCCAAGUACGAACGUGCCUGUCAUCUGGGUCCUCGGGAAACUUGCGAUGGCCAUCCUAUCCAACUCCCGACGACUGGCUCGAGGCUGCACAACGACCCUCUUUCCACCGAGAACGCGGCCGCAUCCUCAUGAGCUGAGACUACGAUACUCCCAAUCGGAUUCCAGCAAAUUAUCAGUUCGGCUCAGGCCAGCCUUUGCCCAGAACCCUCGCAGUUUCAUCGCCGCUUCAGUGCUCUUGGUAGCCUCAGGAACAGUCUGGGCUUAUUAUCGUUCACCUUCGAGGGAUGAGGAGAUGAAAGCAGAUCGAUAUCGACCCUUUCACAUCAGUAACUCCAAGCUUCUCACUGCUGAUGCAGCCUUGAUCGGGAUAGAUGUCUCCCUUCCAGCUCUAGAACCUGUUGACAGCCCAUUUUACAUCGAGUCUGUCUACGUCAAACAUCCCGCAGUCCAGAUCGAACGGCCCUAUACACCCCUUUCAUCCAUCACUCCACCCCAAGGUCCGAAGGAUCCCACUGAUCGAACGGAGGACAAAUCCACGAUCGAGUUACUCGUCAAGAGAUAUCAGGACGGAGACAUGUCUACUUAUUUGCACCACAUCAAGACACCGGGGAACCAGCUUGAGAUCAGAGGACCAGUUCCGACGUGGUGGUAUCCGAAGGGCGAAAUAGAUGAACUAGUAUUCAUCGCUGCGGGAACCGGAAUCACCCCGGCAAUCCAACUUCUCCGUCGGACCUUUCAGCCACUCAGUCCUCAAACACCAGUUGGCUUACCCAACUUCCAACUCAUCUAUCUAGCACGUUCCUUGGAAUCCGCGUACCUUUUAGACGAAAUACAAAGCUAUCAAUCAGCAUACCCGGAAUCGAUGAACUUCAAGUUACUUGUUGCGGAUCAAGCUUCAAACCAGGUUUCAAGCAAGCUGAUAGAUAAGGUGGGGCGUUUGGAACUAUCAGACAUUAGAAAAUGGGUGGGAAGUAAUAACUCCAACAAGAAGAAAAUGAUCAUCGUUUGUGGGCCAGACAGUUUAAUAUGCGCGGUAGCUGGUUGCAAGGGUCCUGGAUAUAACUCACAGGGUGACAUAGGGGGAAUGCUGAAAACGUUAGGUUAUUCGAGUGAUCAGGUGGUCAAAUUAUAA